AGAGGCGGGGGUGUCGAGGGAGCGGCGGCACUGGAAUGAAGUUUGUUUACAGUACAGCGGUGAUCGUUCACCAGCACAAAAACCGAUAAUGUACUUGUUAUCACUUUUACUCGCAUGAACUUUGCGAUUGCCUCAGAUUUUCUCAGCCGGCACGUACAACACGUACGUGCCUGCUACGUAGCAGUUGGUUCUUAUUCUCUGCAUUGAGAUCGUGAUCUUAACCUCAAACGCCAAAAUGCGAAAGUUCCUGAGAGCUCAGGCUCAGAAUCAAGCGUCGAUUCAAAAACACCUAACAGAGCAGCAGACCAACAAAAAAGGAGCGUUGAUCGUCGAUUCUUCGUCGAGCGAAGAGGACGACAAUGAAGAUCGGGAACAAGUUUUGCAACUCGCCGUCUCAAAAGUUGUCUCUUCUUACAAAGGCGAAGGCGGCGAUACCGAAAAAUCUCUUUCUUAUCUGACUGACAUUUUUCAAUCCGGUGGAGCUACUUGUCUCAUUUGCAUUUCCUCAGUGAAAAAAACGGAUCCAAUAUGGAGUUGUUCCACGUGUUUCGCGUUCAUGCAUCUGGGCUGUAUUCAGCAUUGGAUACACGACAGUCUCGGCUACAAACGGGAGAAAGGAAUAAAUCCUUUGUGGGCAUGUCCAAAAUGUCGGAUGGAAUACACAGAAGAGGAGACACCAAGAAGAUACACUUGUUUCUGUGGGCAGACAACGGACCCGGCAUAUCAGCCAUGGCUGAUUCCUCAUUCAUGCGGAGAAAAAUGCGACAAAGCUUUGAAGCCAGCCUGCGGUCACCACUGCCUUCUUCUCUGUCACCCGGGGCCCUGUCCGCCUUGCCCGAAGAUGUUGGAAGUGCGAUGUUUCUGUGGGAAAGAGCCGCCGCGGCCGCGUCGUUGCAACGCCAAAGAAUGGAGCUGCGGUAAGGUUUGCUCGAUGAAACUAGCGGGUUGCGGGCACACCUGCCAGGAAGAGUGUCACCCGCGGGAAAGCGGAUGUCCGCCGUGUGCAGAGUUGGUAUCCUUAGAGUGUCACUGCGGCGCGGAGACGAAAGUUGGAAAUUGCAGUGAGGCCGACUGGAGAUGCGAAACGCGCUGCGGCCGGAUUUUCUCGUGCAAAGUUCACUCUUGCGAAGGGCGUUGUCAUCGAGCCGAGGACUGUGGAGAGUGUCCCGCCGGUAAGAAGCGCUCUUGUCCCUGUGGCAAAAAGCGCUAUCCCGGGGUGACGUGUAAACGGGAGAAAGAGGCGGGGCCCGGAAGCCUGCCGACGUGCGGCGAUACCUGCGGGAAACUCCUCGACUGCGGCUCGCACUACUGUAACAUGCGCUGCCACCCCGAGCGGUGUGGGCCCUGCUUGGAGGUCGUAACGAAAAGCUGUCGGUGUCGGAGUUACGUCAAAGAAAUAGCUUGCGCCAAAGAGUUUCAUUGCAACAAAAAGUGCGGGGGAAUGCGCGCCUGCGGAAAUCACACUUGCAACAGAAAGUGCUGCGACUGCGAAUCUCGCGGGGUCCUCAAUCAGUGCGACAAAUUAUGCGACAAUACGCUCAACUGCCAAAAACACAAAUGCCUCGCCCCGUGCCAUCCCGGACCCUGCUAUCCCUGCCCGCGCACCAACGUCAUCCAGUGCCACUGUGGCAACAGCAAAAUAACCGUUCCUUGUGGCAGAAUAAAGCGUAUCAAGCCUCCGAUCUGCAACAAACUGUGCAAAACGCCUUCUGUCUGCUACCACCCGAAACGCGAGUCGCACAAAUGCCAUUACGGGCUUUGUCCACCUUGUCGGAAAGUUUGUUCUCUCGUGAGAAAAAAAUGCGGUCAUCCUUGCACCGCGAUUUGCCACACCAAAGUCUGGGUCAAAGUUACUCCCAAAAAUCCUGAUGUCAACGCACGAGACUUGAGCAGAACGCAUCUCAAAAGUUUCCCCUGCCCACCCUGCGAGGUCUCCAUCAUGGUCACGUGCCUUGGCCAACACGAGACGAUUCCCUUCGCCUGCCACGAGGCCAAACCCUUCUCGUGUCAAAGGCCCUGCGGUCGAACCCUCACUUGCACCAACCACACUUGCGAAAUUCCUUGCCACAGCCUCCUCGGGGAAGAAGAUCAAAUCGUCGAUUGUCCUGAGUGCGAACGACCCUGCUCCCGUCCCAGACCGGACGGGUGCCAACAUUCCUGCCCCAGGCAAUGCCACGCAGGAAACUGCUACCCCUGCAAACAACUUGUUCGAGUUUCUUGCCACUGUGGCAUCAAUCAUUUGUACAAACGAUGCGCUCAACUCACUUCCGUCGACUCAAUGACGGAAGAUCAACGUCGGGAACUGCUCCAGUGCGGAAAUCAGUGUCCCAAGAACUAUCCUUGCGGACAUCGUUGUGUAGAGAAUUGUCAUCCUGGUGAGUGCCCAAACCCGGAAGGGUGCAGCAAAAGAGUGAAAGUUUGGUGCCCCUGCAAAAGGAUUAAGAAAGACUUUCUUUGCCUGGAUUUGCGCAACGGCAGGGCUCAAGUUCAGUGCGACAAAACUUGUCUGGAAAUAAAGCAGGAAAAAGAGAGAAUAAUCGAGAUGGAAGCGGCGAGAAAACGGAACGAGGAACGAGCCAAACAGCGCAUCGAAGUUGAACGAUUCGAGAGAAAGUUCAAGCCACGACGCAGAACGAAAGAUUCGGGACCUUCGAACCAACCUCAACAACGAGGCUCCGGGUAUUUGCUCAAAAGGAUCGCCCUUGUUCUCGCUGGCCUCGUCGUCGCUAUUGCUUGGGCUAUUUACCACACAAAUCAACAAGCAUAAGAGAUGCAGCAUUACGAAAAACGAGCCUGACCAUCUCAAUUAUCGUUUAUGUAAUUGUCACAGUGAUUUUUGAUCCAAAUAUAUGAGACAAAAACAGAGACUGAGACUAAACGAUCCUAAUUGACACAUUCUGUUGAAUUGAUCAUGGUUAGGAAACAUCGCAGUUAGUACACUAAAAGAAGGUAAUUUUUUUUAGACCUUUUUCUUGAUUAUGACGAAAUUGAUCUUGACAACAAAAUUUGCAUGCCUUCUUCCGGAUUUUCAUGGUGUACAAUCUUCUUCGUACGGAAAUAUUGAUUCUCGCAAAAAAUAUCGUGAAAUAGGUUGCUCGAUCCGUUAGCGUUCGAAAAAUCUAACGAAUUUCUCUAUUUGCGUAAUUUUUUUGAACUUUUAGUAAAUCUGAGAGAUGAAACGAAAUGAUUGGAUUCAACAACUUUUUCGAAAGAAUCAUUCUUUGACGGAAGUUAAUGUACCCUUUUCCGAAUUUUUAAUAUUUAUUUGUCGUUGUGUUUGUACAUAAUUGAGUUUGCAUUGAAGGUGACUAAGAAAGUCGAAAGAAUCCUCGAGUUUUUCAUUUUGACGAUUAUUCCGCUCGUUGUGAUGUGCCACGACGAGGAACGUGGAUUCUAAAACUUUUUAUUAGCAUUUCAGAAUAUUUCAUAGCGAAAAUCAAGAAUUCCGUGUUUGGCAUUUCUUGUAAGAUUGGAAUAUGUAAUAAAACAUUUUCAAAAAUCGAAAAA